CUUCCCCAGCACCUCUUCUUGCCUGGCGGCCUCCUCCUUGCUCUUGUACAGACCCAGCUGGGCCAAAAGCUGCGAUUUUGAUCAACGAGCAAGGCUUCAAUCGGUUCAUCUAGUACUUGGUUGAAAUAGGAAGGUAAAGAAGAGCAGAAUAUACGAGUUCUGUGGAGUGUUUUUUUUUCAGCUCACCAUAGAGAAUUGGUAGCUGGUAAACUUGGUUGGUGACACAUGAUUGUGAAGUUGUUGGUAUUUCACCAAGUUUCAGGCUAAAGCUAGACCCGGGUUCUGUCUGAAGUCUGAACUGACAAGUAUAAUAAGCUCAAGACUGCAGUGACUUUAUUCAUCCCUAUCCAGUAUACUCUACUAGUGCAGAAGUGAAUUUGUUGUCAAAAUUUACUUGGUUGUAAGCGGGAGGUGAAGAACGCCAGAAUUAUACAACCUGACAGCCCAAGAUUCAGAUGUUAUAUGUCGUUCAUGUUGCUCAGGGAAACUUGGAUCAGAAGUUCAGAACCCAAGAUUCAGAUGGCAUGAUGUAGGUGACUCCUAGCGAAAUGAGAGCACGCGAGAAACGGCAGGGAGGGAGCGGGUGUUACUUAGCUCACCUGGGAAACGAAGAAGUGGACGGAUGCGCGCAGGAGACGACGAUACGAAGCGCUCAACUUGGCGGCGCCGGUGGGAAUGGCGACUCUAGCGGCUCUGGCGCUGCUGCUGUGCAUCUCCAUGACCUCCAUGGACGGGUGCGCCGCCGCUCAGUACAAGGUGGGCGGGCCGGACGCGUGGGGGGUGCCGCCGUCCAGCAAGCCGGACGUGUACGUGCGGUGGGCCAAGUCCGUCCCCGUCAAGCUCGGCGACGCCCUCUUCUUCCUCUACCCGCCUAGCCAGGACAGCGCCGUGCAGCUCACCGCCAAGGCCUUCGCCGCCUGUGACGUGUCCGACCAGCUGCUCAAGCUGGAGGACGGCAACUCCAUCUUCAACCUCACCAAGCCCGGGCGGGCCUACUUCAGCAGCGCCACCCCGGGGCGCUGCCGCAAGGGCCAGAAGUUCAAGCUGCGAUGAUACUUGUAAGAAACAGAAUCGUAGCCUCGGAGCGGCCAACCUGUGGCAAUA